AUGAAUAUCAACGCAGAUGAGAGAUUGGAUCUGACAUCCGUGACCAAUCACGGAGACAAUACCUCCAAUUUAUCAAGCCAAGAACAGAAACUAUUCAAGGUUCUGCACGAUGUUGUCCAGCCCGGCGAUGCGAUAACGCCAGACGCAGCUGCAGAACAGAUCAAUGAGUAUCUUCGUAGCCACCCGAAUCGAUCCGGGGAAAGGGAAGAAGAUACUGAAGUUGUCGGGGAUUUCCUGGGUUCUUUCUGGUCGCUAUUGACCUCUGUUGUGGAAUAUACACCUUACAACCACCCCGGCCAAGACCGACUCGUCAUUACGAUGCAAUCCUUGACCAAAAGGACUCAGGGAUCUUACGCAAUUUGGGGGGUAUGUUCCCCAAAAUUGAAUCUAGAAAUAGAUGAUCAGCAACUAAUCCAAUCCAGCAAUCUGCACUACAAGUUUGCAACCCCCUCCUUCAACAACCCAUACCAUGAAAUGCCUGGCGCAAAAGAAUGGAUCAACAUAAACGCAUUCACAGCCCGACUAAUCGGUGCAAAGAUCGUGAACUGGGAAACCUUUCCAAUCUGGGCCCUGCGGGAAGCACUCGAAGAGCCCUUCCGUAGCGUGGCGGAAAACGAUAUCCACGCCCUUGUCGCUGCGCAGUGGAUUUUCCAUGCUGGGGAGGUUAUCUACGGCCUUAGUGUUGAGGAGUCUCUUGUUGAGAACCCGAGGAUUACGAAGGGGGGUUCGCUGUUUGAUGGAGAGAGCGGGUUUAAUAUGAAGCGGUGGGCGUUUUGGAAGAAGAGGGCCGGGGCAUUGAGUAAUGAAGUUUCGGCUGAUGUUAGAGAGAUUGCUUCUGCUGUUGUUGAGAAGAUGUCUGAGAUCGAAGGGAACUAG